AUAUCAAUAAAGACUCUAUAGAUAAUUAUUCAUACUUCAUAAUUUUUAGUUUUCGAGGCUACUAAUUUCGUCGUCUUCCUAUAGAAAAUAAAAGUAAUUAGUUGUAUUACACAAUAAUAAUGUAAUUAAUUUAAAAUUAAUUCUUGAUGGACCAAAGAUUGUGUGUUUACUUUUCAUUAUUAAUUUACUAGAUUGGAUCCUUUGUGAAUUGUGGAAAGUAUUAUAUUAUCAGCAUUCCAAUUUGCAACAAGUCUAACCAAAACUAUAAAUAUGACAGCCGAAGUAUCGUCUCAGCACACAAUCCGGGAUAAUCUGUUACAGGUAACGACGGCUGUGCAGUUCUUAUCAAAUCCAAAAGUGCAGCGCUGCACAAUUGAAAGCAAAGAAAGGUUCCUGAGAGGCAAGGGACUUACAGAUCUAGAGAUCCAGAAGGCUAUUGAGAGAUGUGGAGAUCUUGAUAUGUCUAGUCUCACUUCGGAGCUGAUAAUGUUUCAGAAUUCACGGGGUUUUAAUUUGUGGUUUAAGGAAAAGUUGUUACCAUUGAUUGUAUAUGGUGGAUUUGCAUAUGGAUGCUACUGGUUAUAUAAGAAUUGCAUCAGGCAGUUACUAUUCGUGGAGCAACCAAAACGAAAAACGACAGCGGAAUGUAUAGAGGAGCUCAGGAAGUCCCUGGAUGUGGUCAACGCCAGUAUCAGUUCAUUGAGGAGUGAACUGCAAGCCGGAUCCCAGCAGAGCGCGCUGCGAUCACAGAUCGAUGCCCUAAAGCAGGAAGUGUCAACUGUCAAGGGUAUCUUGUUGAACAGAAAUCAAUUCCCAUCUCUGAAAACUCGAUCAGACCCACCAUCGAUACCAGACUGGCAGCGUCAAUCCGAAGCAGCAACACCUACAGAGGCUGUCCAGGAGAAGAAGCCACACCGGACCAGGAGCCAGCGCACCGGAUCCGAGUCUGCCGGAUCCAACUCGAGCGAGGGAGAACAGGCCACCAAGAACAGUGAUAGCAGUCUAGAGAUCAUGUGAGUACUGUAGUCGAGUACUCUCUGGCGUCAGAUAAAUGGGAACAUGAAAUUGAUUGACAUAUCACGCGAGCUCUCAACUUCAGAAGCUUUUUAAUUAACUCCAGAGUGUGUGCCCCAUUGUCUAUUUUUGAUAAAUUAAUUUACGGGUCCGUUUCUAUUUUUUAAAAUGCUUUUAAUUGAACGAUGCAAUUAAAAAAACUGUAGUAGUGAAUAUUUUUAGGGUCUUUGUGUUUUUAUAUCUUGUAUGUAUUAUAUUGGUUGUUUGUUAUUUGGGAACGGUUUUGAGUGAGAGGAGAGGCAUUUCUUUCAAUUAUUCAUUUUUGCUAUUAUGUCGCUCGAACGCUGUUUAAGAUGUUUCGUGUGCUAUUAUUUUUAUAGUGGGCUUUUGCGGAUGGCCCAUUACAACUUUGCCAUUUGACAAGCCAUUGUCAGGUUGAUGUAGGCCAUCAAGUAUAGAAUAGAUAUUUGUAUUGUGAUUAAAUAUAGAAUAUCAUAAAACUACCUGUAAUCGCGGUUUACUAAUAUAAUGUACGUAUACCAUAUAUCGCAUGCUAUUUGAAACUGACAGCUGUCAAAUUGUAUAAAAGUUAUUUGAGGGUAUUUGUAAAUACUGAUAAUUGCCAGUCAUGAUGCUUCGUGAAUGUGAAGAUUGUGGCUCAGUAUGUAGGUAUGGUGUACACUAAAUAUUAUGUAUAUCACAAAAUAUUAUAGAUAAUGUAUUUUCCGAAUUUGUAAGCUUAUUUCACAAGCUCCGACCAAAGUUGAAACCUUUCCCCACCAAGUUUCCUUAUAAAAUAAAUAUUUAUUGAAAUUAAAUGUAUUAUGAAACUAAAAGUACCAGGGCUGUCACCCCAAUUCCAAGACUUUUCCUGCGUGACUAUUUUUUUUUUUUUUUAUUUCUUUAAAGUUUAUUUUAUUAGGAAACUUCCGUUAUUAUUUAUUCUAAAAUGAUAGAUCCAAGAAUAUUUUGUUAUGAGGAAUUUUAUUAUUAAAUUAUUUUUUUUUAAAGAUUCCUUUCAAUGUUUGCAUGAGAUGAGCUCCAACUUCAACGGACUCAUGCCCAUAAUAUGAACGCUAUUGCGUGUUAGUUAUAACGCUAGCCUUAACUGGAUAACUUUAAUAGAAAAUAACUUUAUUUUUCAAAUUAAAAUAUUUUUAUUCGAAAUAGGAUUUAAAAUCACGUAUUGAACGUCAAGAAAGUACCACCCAUUCGAAAUAGUAUGCCUCACACCUGAGAAGAACGGGCGAUAGUAACUCAGCGGACUUUUUUUUAAAUACUAUACUGUGAAAAUAACUAAAGUUAGUUUCGUACAAUUGAAAGAUUUAGUUUGCAUCACGAUAAAUUCUCUUUCUUGCCAUCAUUUGUAAGUAAUCUGUAAGUUUAUCAAAUUUUCACAAUUAUCAAAUACAUUUGGAUUCAUAAUCAUAUCGUAUUUUUUUUACUAUUAGUACAAAUAGUUGUUGACUAUCUUUGAUGAAAUGCUGAUUAUAAACUUCCUGCUUAUGGUGUCUCCAGGGCGUAAUGAUAUUUCAGGAAAUUUUUUAAAUUAAACCUAAGCGUAUCGGCGCUCUCUAAUCCGGAGUAAUUGAUACGCCCGGCCCAUUAGAAUAUAGUGCCCCUCAGGAUUAUUGAAAAAACCCAAAAUUCUGGGCGGCACUACAGUUGCGCUGGGUCUCAUUUGCUCAGUAAUUUCACUAGCUACGUCUAGCCCUUCAGACCGAAACAGUAAUGCUUACACAUUACUGCUUUACAGCAGAAAUAGGCGCUGUUGUGGUACCCAUAAUCUAGCCGGCUUCCCGUGUUUUUUUAGCAAUAGAUUGCUUAUAAUUAAGAUGAUUUGAGUGAUUGUAUCUGAAAGUUAUUGAAACGAGCUAUAAGACCACGCAAAAUAAACUAUCUUAUAAACAAAAUAAGUGUCUGAACUUGGCGAGGGAAUAGGGUGCCGUACGGCACACCCGGUUUUGGUGUAUCUAAAAAUCUAGUGCCCUGGGGCACUGCUGAUUUUGGUAAGGUUAAAAUGAGGAGAAACGAGCGUAUGGUUUUUAUCAUGGAUCCAUCAGCUAAGAGUUUUCACCGCUUCCCACACUCUCCAGAGGAAUCACAGUUGCCUUCUAAGUAGUUGUAUGAGCUUUCUUUAAAGUUAUCCAUGUAAAGUCCUGUCAACAGCGCGCUUGGAAAACCUUUCCAUAGUACCUACGUGGAAGAAAGUUCCUCGAUAUAUUUUUUAGAUUAAUUAAUACUCACUGUAAAUUUUAGCUAUAAUCACCAUCAAACUGACUUACCUGACUACUCAAUACUAUAAACGCUGUUAUUGACAAAUUCUUCGGCCCGAGUGUAAAUGGUUAUUGUAAGUAUUCGAAAAAAGUAAAUGUAAUAUAUUGUAACAAUUAAAGGUAAAUAAAUUUAACACUUAAACCAUGUAUGUAAAAGAUAAAUAAAUUUUAAUAUAACUUGUCAUGCUUAUUCCUAAAAACAAAUUCAUGCAAGGUUAUCGAAAAUUGGCAUUGUAUAAUGUUUAUGAGUAUCAAUAAUGUAAAUAUGACUGCCUCAUAAUAAUAUUUAUGCAUAUUGAUUGUAAGUGGCAUUCAAAUUGUAGCUAGAUAUAUAGUAUCGACAACUAUUUGGGUGAUAAAUAAACCAAUGAUAUAUUUA